CUCCUGCCUUGUUAUCAGUAGAGUAGACAUUCAGGUCGGGGAGGGAGGGCGGUGCAGCUGUUGUGUCACUCUGUCCCCACACCGGGCUGGGAGUGACGCCGCCACCACCAUCCAGCAGGUGUCCCGCACCCCGUCCCCUCCCCUGGAAAUAAGAGCGGCCUCCGUGUAACCUCCGCCCCAUCCCGGAGCUCAGACCCAGCGCCGCCCCGGAGUUCCGAAUCCUUCAGUCACGCAGGUCGCCGGGCAAAGGAGUGAGACAGCCGGAUCAGAGAAGAGGGUGAAGCCGCAGGAUAGCCGGCUGUCCCAUGGUUGGCUGCAGGUCAAGCAAAAAUUGUUAACAACAUGAAUAGGGGCAUUUUCUAAGUGUGACAAGCAGAAACCUGAACUAUGCCAGUCCCUCCACCACCUCCAGCUCCCCCACCACCUGGGCCACCUGCACCCCCUCCACCACCUCUUGCUUCCCAGGGCCGAUCAGCACCUCCGAAACUGAAGCAGGAGACAGGAGGAGGAGGGAGAACUGCAUUGCUGUCAGACAUUCAUAAAGGGGCACGCUUAAGGAAAGUAGAGGUCAAUGAUCGGAGUGCUCCAGUAAUUGACGGUGCCAAGAAAAAUGGUGGCACAGGAAAUGGUAGGAGUGCAAUUGCUCCACCUGCUGGUGGACUUUUUGCUGCAGGAUUUCCAGUGCUUAAGCCUUCAGGCCAAAGGGAGGCAACAGCAGGAAACAAGAAUGCUCCACAGCUUCCAGGAAUGAAAGGAAGUGUUCCUAAACAACUAGAUCAAAUGCCCAUUAAAAUUGACCUAUCAAAGCCUGUUCCACACACAAUAGCUGCUAGACCUCCUCCACCACGUCCUACUAUCCUUGGCCAGUCAGCACCAGUGCCUCCUCCAAUACCACCAUCAAGCAGCAAACCUCAUCUGAUGCCAUCUUCUCCAGUUCCCCCAACUUUUAAAGAGAGAUCUGCAAAACCAACAGUAGAAUCAAGUGUUCCACCUUCACCAUUAAAUUCUCAAGACAAGACAAAACUUCAAAGACCUCUUUCUAAUUUUUUUCCAUCUACUCCACCACCACUUCCACCUCAUCCUCCACCUCCACUACCACCAGGCUAUCCUGGUAGGAGAAGCCCUUCCCCUUCAUUAGCUGAUGCCAGAGAUCAUUCAGGACCUCCAGACCCUCGGUUAGAAGACCACAUCCCACCACUACCUGAAAUCAGGGAUCUUCCUCCACCUCCACCACCUCCGCUUCAUCCAAUGUCAAUGUCUGCCAAGCGAAGAUUAUCUGAGCCUUUGCCGCCUCCACCUUUUUUUGUCAGUGAGCACAGUAAUGUCCCACCUCGGCCACCAAAGGGGCCUCCUGGAAGGCCUUCUGUUCCACCUGUACCUGGACAUGGGAGGCCUCCAAAGCUUGCUGCAAACAGUGGAGGGCGAUUGGCUCCUCCACCACCACCUCCUGCACGAUCACCAUCUACAGAGCUUUCCAGCAGACAGCAGGGUCACCAACCUCCUAACAGAAAUCUAGCACAGCAAGGAUAUCGUCCUCCUAGUCCUGGAAAUAUCCAUCACUUAGAUGACUUUGAGUCUAAAUUCACCUUUCAUUCAUUGGAGGACUUGCCACCGCCAGAAGUGUAUGAACCAUUUGAAAGGGUCUACCCCAGCAAAUGCCAUACCGCACCUCCAGGACCCCCACCCCAACGGCCACAGAUAAGAUGAAAAAAAUCUUCAUUACAAUAUGAGUCCAAGGAGACUGCUGAAGAAUCAAGCUUCUUUGGUAUGAAUGAGUUCAGAUCUGGUGACAGUAUGUGACUCUGCUGUAUACCUACCUAAGUUGACCUGUAUAGAAGAGUUCCUGAAUAUAAAUGUACAUAAAGCACAGAGUAAAAGAUAUUUAUCACUGUAUUUACGUAGCUAUUUAGCAGUAUGGAUGAAUGGGACAUCAACAACACCUCUGUGAUGCUGCCUAUGUAAGAACAUUACCCUGAAUGUAACUUUUUGUAGAGCUUUAUCUGUUCAGCGAGGGACAAUGCGGAGUAAAGUGCCUUUGUAAUGUUUUUUAUUGAAUAGUUUGUCUUCUUUGUAUGAUUGUUAUGUUACUGCACCAUGAGAAAUACAGGUGGAGAGCUGAGGCUGCCCUGGUUAAUGUGAAUAAAUAUCCACGGUGGCAUACCUAUCAGGUCACCAACACUACUAUAUUAUGUAUACCAAACAUAGAAACGUAGAAAUGAAGCACUCACCAGGUGAAGAGGUAAAUCGCCAGCUUCUUUGAUUUCAUGUGUAGCUUACAGCAAUGUAGUAGGUGCGAGGGAGAGCGGGCAGGUGUAGUAGGUGGGGGAAAGGAAUGGGCGACGGUCCGUUAUCGCGCUUGCGCGCUUCGUCAGGCCCCACCGGGAAAUAUUAAAGUCUCCUACAAUCCCUAUUACAAAAGUAUGUUGAACAAGGAAUUAUUUCAGAGAAAAAUGACGAAAAGUUGUUCCCUAAUUAUCCACAUAAACCAUAUUGGUACUAUAUACCUAAAAUUCACAAGUCCCCGAGCCGACCCCCAGGACGUCCCAUCUUCUCGGCAAUCGGCUCGGUGACGGGGGAUUGUUGAAGUACAUUGGCUAAUUAGGCCGAUUUUGGCCAAUUCCCGACAUAUCUCAAGGAUAGAGGAGAAUUUUUGCAGGCUAUACAGGAAGUGCAUUGGCAAGAGGAUUUCUAGUUGGCCUCUAUACCCGGAUCCCCCAAGAGUUGGGGGUCCGGGUGUUGGGGGAUCUCCUCGUCGAUAUAGGCAUUGAAGGGGAUUGGUGGAAUUAAUUUGCGAAUCCCUCACAUUUAUUCUAACCCAGAACGCAUUCCGGUUCAAUAACACCUGUAUAGACGGGAGUUGCCAUGGGCACUCCCGUAGCCUGUUCCUUUGCAAAUUUAUUUUUGGCCGCCUAUGAAAAAGUGUUUGUUUUUUUCCAAAUAUAACCCCUUCACUACAUAUGUGAAAACAUUUCUAAGAUAUAUGCAUGACAUCUGUAUAGUCUGGUCCGGGUCAGAGGUUCAGUUUAAUCAGUUUGUCACCUACCUGAACCAUAAUAACAUGAAUAUGCACUUUACAGCAGUAUUCGGAGGAGGUGAGAUGAAGUUCCUGGAUGUGAAGGUGGAAGAAGAUUAAAAACAGCUAGCCAUAGGAAACCUACCGCUACGAACGCAUUGUUGCAUUAUGACAGCUUCCAUCCCCCUCACGUCAGGAAAGCCAUCCCCUACUCCCCAUUCAUCAGAAUUAGGCGUAUCUGUAGUAAUGACAUUUUCAACGAGCAAGCAAUUGAUCUAGUGAGUCACCUAGUGGCCAGGGGAUAUCCAUCUAAACAAGUUCAUAAAGCCUUUGAGAAAGCUAGUAAAAUGGAUUGGGUGUCCCUUUUGAAAAAUAAAAGGCUGAAGCAGGACAAUAGGCAAUUCACUUUUUCAUUUGCGCAUUCCCCUGCUGAUAAUGUGAUCCAAUCACCGAUCCACCACUACUGGCAUAUAGUGGAGGGAGAUCCUGAUUAAGAGAAGUUGUAUUAAAAAACCUUCCUACUGAAAAAAAAUCGCACUAAAGAAAGAAGGCUAGUAUCCAACCAAUUUAAAUCUACGAAUAAAAACUUGUUGGACCAAUGUUUACCUUCUGGGAACUUUCGUUGUAAGCAAUGCUCACAUUGUAGUUUUGACAUGGAGGCGAAAUACGUACACAUGGGUGGAAUGGUAUGUCAAACAUUUUACAGUGGUCCCUCAACAUACGAUGGUAAUUCGUUCCAAACGACCCAUCGUUUGUCGAAUCCAUCGUAUGUUGAGGGAUCCGUGCAAUGUAAAGUAUAGGAAGCUGUACUCUCCUGUCCCCGUCGCUCCGGACCAGGUCCUCACCGCUCCCGCUGCUGUUCCAGGGGCUCCCGAUGCUGUCCCGCUGCUCCGGUGUCUUCUUCGCGAUCCUCCGGUGUCUUGCGCAUCUUCUGCAGGGUCCGGG